AUGGAAAUAAUUUAUAAAAUUUAUGAAGAUUAUCAUCCAAGUUUUGAAUAUAUUAAUCCCAUAUGUAUUUAUUUCUUAAAUACGGUCUAUAAUGUCGAAAUACCAUCAAAAUUCAUACAAGAAUCAAUAUCUUUCAAAGAUUCAAAUUACAUUUUGGAUGUUCACGAGCCAAGUACUGUUUUCAGAGCAAUUAUGGACGAUAAUUUCGAAGAAUUCGUCAAAUGCUCUGAGAAAGAAGACUUCCAAGACAAUGAUAUCAUAACAAACUUAAUGUAUCCUGAAGAAGAAAUGAGUUUGAUUGAACUUUGCACUUAUUACGGUUCUUCAAAUUGUUUCAAGCUUUUGAGAUCAAAAUUUCAGACAAAACUCACAGAUUCUUGCUUAAAAUAUUCAUUUUUAGGUGGCAGUUCAGAGAUUAUUAAUGAAUGCCUAAAGUAUUGCACACUUUCCAAUGAAUGCAUGGAUUUCGCAAUAAUCUCCCACAAUGUUGAUUUUAUUUCAUUUUUACUACAAAAGCAAUUGACAAUCAACUUGUUCAAUUGCAGUUGUUUUAAUAAUUUACAAGCAUUUUUAAUAUUCUUUGAUAACUGUGAUGAUUUGAAUUAUUGCUUUUCUUUUUCAUCCCUUUUUGAUAUUCCUUCUCUUUGUCAAUUUUUCAUCGACAAAGGAUGCGAUAUCGAUGCAGUUGAUGAAAUGCUACAAACUGCUCUGUUUAAAGCAGCAUCAAUUAAUGCAAUAGAAGUUGCAGAAUUACUUAUUUCUAAUGGUGCUGACGUUAAUUAUCAAAAUGAAUAUCAAGAAACUCCUAUUUUUGCAGCAGCAUCAAGGAAUCAUCAUGAAAUGGUUAAAUAUUUGAUUUCAAAAGGUGCAGCAAUUAAUGUUACCAACGAAAAUGGUGAGUCUGCAUUUCAUGUUGCAAUACGGUUCAAUUGCGAAAAAGUUGUCGAAGCAUUUAUUGAAAAUGGUUUUGAUCCAACUACAAAAUUUGAUGAUGAAACACCCAUGGAAAUAGCAGCUGCAACAGAGGCAGUUGAUGCUCUGAAAGUUCUGAUUUCUCAUGGAGCUGAUUUCAAUGAAGUAAAUGAAAAAGGAAUGAAUUUACUUCAUACAUCCGCAAUUACUGGUUCUGAAAAUAUAACGAAAUUUUUAAUAAAGCACGGUUUAGAUGUAAAUAAGCUUGACAUUCAUGGAAACUCAUCACUUAUUUAUGCAAUUGAAGGUAACCAUGUUGAUACUGCUAAAAUACUCAUUACUUCUGGAGCUGAUAUCCAUAUCAACAACAAUAAUAAAGAUAAUUUGCUCCAUAUUGCUGCAAAAUCAGAUUGCAUUGAUAUGUUUAAAUAUUUAGUUACACUUGGACUAAAUAUUGAUGAGAAAAAUGCUGAUGGGAAAACUCCAAUUGACAUUGCAAAAGAAAAUGAUUUUGAUGACAUAAUAUCAGUGAGAAACUAA